AUGAAACAUGAACAACCUCUAACCUUUUGCCCGUUUGGGCUUCCAAGUCUCCCAGUUCUCUCAGGAACUUCUCAAAAUCUUCAUCACAAUAUGUCCGGCAAAUUGGAAAUCAUUUCCCUCGAGGAGUUCGAUGAACCAUUCGAAGAAAUCCUCAAAUCAGAAGCCGAAGAGGCUGAAAAAUACGCCGACAAAUGGAGUGGAAACUCGAUUGAUACAUGGGAAACUGUCAGUUCUGUCGGUGUCAACGUCUCCUAUUCCAAUUAUCAAUUCUGA